AUGCUGGCUGGGACAGCGUGCAGGCCACCGCAUCAAUAUCCUGGAAAACUGUUCUGUUUCCAGCUACGAAGCGAACCCAGCGAAACGAUGCUGGUUAAAGUCAAGACUUUAACAGGCAAGGAGGUCGAGUUAGAUAUUGAACCGCAUGACCCUAUACAGAGGAUCAAGGAGCGCAUAGAGGAAAAGGAAGGCAUACCGCCGCAGCAGCAACGAUUGAUCUUUGGAGGAAAACAGCUCGCCGACGAUCGUUCCGCAAGAGAGUAUAACAUAGAGGGAGGCUCGGUCCUUCAUCUGGUUCUGGCGCUCCGUGGCGGUCACGUUUGCUAG